UGUAAUUUUUGUCUAGUCCUGUUGCGGGACGGAGGCUGUGAUGUGUUGCUCAGGACUCUGGAUGGCCUGCAGUGGAGAAACCGUAUAGAAAAUGAAGGUCUUCCCAACAGCAUCAGCUGGACUCGACAAGCCCUUCAGACUGAGGAUGAGGAGAAACAUGCAGUUAUUGAAGAAGAUCAGCUCCUGAUGGUGAUUUCCCCUGAUGAACUUGAGGACAUGCUGAGCUCACAUAAAACAGUGAGCAAUCUGUCGGCUCCUAUAGGUGAAAUACAUGAGGGGGCGGAGUCUCUGUUGCAGCAUCUCUACAAGUACUUGAGCAGAACAGAGGGAAAAGUUGUCACAAUUCUAGUGAUCGGUUAUCAGCGACGAUCAGCAUCUUGGGAUGAAGAUGAGCUUGACUUUCAACUGAAUGAGCACCAUAUGGACACAGAAGAGCUUUUGGUUCACCUGCAGCUCUACUGGAAUAUAACCGUUCGCUUCCUGUCCAGCUGGCAGGAAGUGACCAAUCAUGUGGUCGCAGUUACCAAAGCUUUAUCGAAGAGACCGUACAAGUGA